AUGAAUUCGAACCCCUUCGCUCUUUUUCUUUGUCUUUUACUCGUCCAGGGGAUUUUAAAUACAGGAGGUAAGUACUGUACAAUUUGAUGCUCCGCUUGUUUUCGUUUCAAGGCUAUUUUUUAAACUGGUACCGACACGAUGGACGUGUAUAGUGGCAGGUACAUGGGCUGUAGUAUGGUAAACGCAUGGUCGAACUUAGAGCCAUUUCUUGUGGCAAAUAUUAUGUGAAUGACAAACUUUGAAAUACUAACUUGAUAGAUGGUAUAUAAGAAAGCGUAUUUUGGUUUUCGUUUAGAGUUGCGUCUUGGGGUCAAGGAUUUUUCAUUCGAUGAUAUGAUGGAGGAGCGUUCUGUUUGAACCGAAAACCGAGUAGCUUGUUUACAUACUGACAUUCUUUAUUGCGAGCCUUUUCUGCUUGAAUUUGAUUUAUUUGCCAGUAGAUUUUGGUUUUGUGGGUUAUAACAUGUGUUAUGUGUUCUCUUUUCCCCUACCGAAGUGAAAAUAAUAUUUUUUGUUUUCUUCGAGGCGCGUUGAAUUUUCCGUAUUUUACGCUUCGCCGCCCUUACAAAUAUUCAGAUUUCUCUAAUGAAUAAACUAAAGGGUCUUGUGGGAAUUUUAAAAUCUUCUGAACCAAUUUUGUCAUUCACUCAAUGCAAAUUUCCCUUUAAUGUUGGGGUGGUUUGUAAAAGACGGAACUGAAAAACAUGUGAAGUGGACGUAGAUAUAGUUUAAGUUAGCAUGUAUUCAGUUCAAAUCAACAUGAAAUUCAAACAUGGCCACUGCAUACUGGUAACGUUUCGCGGCACUAAUGACAAUUUUACCGCAUAUCGGUUUUCGAACUGCAAUUUUACAGUUUCUCGUUGCAAAAGAAGUGAACCAUUUUCAAGGUUUUACAAAUGCAAAUAAAGAUUAUUUUAUGUUUAGAGACUGAGAAUCUGGGGGAAUGGGGCAUCGACCCAAAUUUUAUUCCUAUCUCUAUCAUAAAUCUGCAUAAUUUGUUCUCCUUGUAUUUUUAACAUCAACCGACUUGAGCAUUGUCGAUUUUUGCAUGGGAUUUUUUUAAUUUUUCAGGCCUAGAGCAGAAGGGGGCUAGAAACGAAGAUGUAGUGGUAACCGAUGGAAUUGAAUUGCAGAAAGUUUUGGAACGAACAAAAAGCGAUCCAACGAAAGCGACGAAAUUAAGUGAUGAUGAAGAAACAGAUUUGGUAACCGCACGCCGCGAACACUUCAACUCGGAUACACAAGGAAAGAGUAGAGAAAAUAGUUAUGUAGAUGUAAGUUCGCUAGAAGACACUGAUGCUAGACAAGCGUCUGAGAAUGAAGAUACGAGGCAAGGAAGUAACGACGGAGAACGAACGCCGCAUCACAGAAGAACAAACCUAGAGGAACGAUUAAAUAUUGAUUCUCUGAGAAGCAAAGAUCAGCGGCAUGCUACAAGAGACAGUUUAGCAAAAGCUAACCAAAAUAAAUUGGCUCGACCCGCCGAGCAAUCGAACCUGGAAGCUUCGAUCGGUGUUGAAAAACCGAGCAUUCCUGAUUCAAAUAUAUCCUCGACACCCCCGCCUAACGUCCUCAAGGUGAAAAACACCCUAGCGAGAGCUGAAUUAGACGACAUUUACUUUUUAUGUAAGUGAUUUUUCUUUUUAUUAUUAUUGUUAAUAUAUAUACUUAUGUAGUUUUUUAUUUCCAAAUUUAAAAAUAUGUUCAACGUGAGCUUUUUCAACGAAGAGAUUUUUUAAAAGAUAUUUUGAAUUAUGAUUUUUCCAAGAGUUUUGGAAUAUUUUACAAGAUUGUGGGCGGUUGUUCUGUUUUAAUCUUAUUUCCAUUUUUUUAAAUUUCAUCACAAAAAAAGUAAACCCGUAGUAAUGGUCCAUCUAUCACAUAUCACACUAUUGUACGUUGCUUCGCGCGAUUGUUCAGUGUUUCUGAAAGGAAAGCAAGGUUGUGAUUUUUUUUAGCGCUAGGAAUUCAUUAGUAUUAUUUUCAAAGACUAUCGCUGUAAUGGUUUACCGAAGAUUGUCAACUGUGUGAAAUCAGUUGUAGUUUCCAAAAACAUGUACUUUAUUUCGCUUCCUGCAAUCAAACUCUGUUGGUGAAAAAGGAUAAUAAAUUCCAUUUCCUAGCUAGUGGGAAGUAAUUAAGCGGUUACUCAUUUCAACCAAAAUCCUGUAGAAAACUGUUCUUGUUUCUAGUCUCCAGGUAGAAUUCUUUGUAUAAAUAGGCUAUCUUCGGCGGUCGUCAUCCAGCUUCCGUGUUGCGUCAGUUCAUGUGUACUUUGUGUCAAUGUGUACAAUGUUUUGAUGUAGUUCUUUCAGUUGUGUUGCAAUAUUUGAUGCUUAAAAUGCAGUUUAUUCUUUAUCAUUUAAUUCUUUUCUGUGCUAUGCUUCUUACUCCUUUGGGCACUCCGUUAUAGUAGCUUGUGCUUAGUUUAUUAGGCUACUCUUGUUUUUGUUUUUACGUUGCAUUUUGUUUCUGAGAGGCUCAAAAAGAAACCCACUUUUUUUUAGUUUUGUUACAUUUCGGAAUCAAAAAACUAGAAUCCUAUAGGCUGUCUUUUAACUAGUGACAUGCCAAUUUAAUGUGAUGAAUAUGGUUUAAAAUAUCAGUUUUGUACAAAAAAAACAAAACCCAUGAAAUUUUGUACAAGACUAGGAAGCAAUUCACAAACGUUUAUCUCGUUAUAUAAACUUCGUAUCUCAUUUCAGGAACUAACUUUUGCCGGAAAAAAAACUGACUUCUAUGCAUUUUGUAGAUAAUUCAAAAUUAAGAACAGUUUUUUGAGUCAAAGUUUAGAUAUUUUUUUCUGAAAAUGCUUGUAAAAAGGAAAGAUUUAUUAUUUUUUCAUAGAAUAAUUUCUUUUCAAUAUUCUGUUUCAUAGAUAUGAAAAUUUUUUAUUAUUGUUUAAUUUUAUAAUAUUGCUGUUUUUAGUUAACUGUACCUCCAAAUUUUCAAAUGCAACAAUUCAAUUUGAUUCUAUUAAUUUUUCUUCAACUUUAUACAAUAAGUUGGCAGAUGUUUCCCCUGUUUCUAAAUAGAAAUAAUUGUGUGUUAUUGUUUCAACAUUAAUAGCUUUGGAAUAUUGUUGUUAUGUUCAUUCUUGUUUGAUUGGUUGAAAUAGCAAGCAGUGAAAUAAGCUUAGAAGUGACAAAUAUUUUGAUUUUGUUUAAAGGAUGGUUACUGUGUGUUUAGAAUCUUUUUUUAUGAAAGGUAGGGAAUAAAAUGAGCUGCUUUAAACAGAUAAGAUGGAAUAAGCUUUUAACAGUUUUGUGGAAAAGUUUUAUGGUCAAGCAGGGAUCUUCAUUAACUUCGAAACUGGAUUUUACCUAGAGAGCAUUUUUACAGAACUCCUAGAAGGGCAAACAGUGAACUCUCGACAGGAGUCCAUAAUGCGGAGCGAGUAACUCUCAUUCUAGGCCUAUGUCACAGUGAUUUUAUGGCCUGGUUUGUUUUUUGACACAUUUUUGGCCAUGUCUUUGAGCGCAGUUGAAGUCUGAGAUAUCAAAAAACAUUAUUUAAAAGGCAAAAAAUAUCAUUUUUAGGUCUCUAGGUUUUGUUGACUGGUUUGUGGGGGAUUGAGACAUAUUUUAAAUUUGCGCCAAAAUCAUUCUAAAAAUAAACUGGCCGUUAAGACGCCAUAACACGAGCACACGGAAGUUGCUCGCCCCAGGUUAUGGGCUCCUGCUCUUAAGGCAUACUUAACUUUUAAAUCAAAAUAUGGUUAACUUUUUUCCAUAUGAUCGCUAUGAUUUUGAUCUAGAAAUGGUUGAUCAGUUAUUAAAGCAAUUAAAUAUGGAAGGCAGACCUAAAAUUAUGCAGCUACCUGUAGUUAAAUAAAUAAUGAUUUGGAGGUUGCGCAUCCACAUAUUUGUUCUUUGUUUACCUGAUUUCUGGUCAAAUUGGAAUUUGGAAAUGUUAGUUUUUGAGGAGAGGGAAAAACUGGAGUACCCAGAGAAAAACCUCUUGGAGCAAAGGAGAGAACCAACAACAAACUCAACCCACGUAUGGUGUUGACGCUGGGACUUGAACCAGGGCCAUAAUGGUGGGAGGUGAGUGCUCUCACCAGUGCGCCACCCUUACUUUUCUAGGUGUGAUUAAGUGAUGGGUCAAGCAAAGAUUGUUGCAGCCAUUUCAGAGCUGUUUUCAUAUGAUUGCUUCAAUCACUGCGAUGGUUUCUUCAGCAUUUUAAGUGACUGAACGGAUCAUAUCAAAAUUUGGAAACCAGGCUUUAUCUUCCAAAAUUUAGUUGUGAAUAUUUAAGUAAAACACAGAAAUAAAAGGUAAACCCUCUGUACAUAGUAUACAUAAUGCAGCCUAGAUCUACAUAUAUACUUCAAGAUAAUUCUGGUGAAGCAAAAAUAUUGUCAGCCAGCAGAAGAAGGUUGAAAAUUUCUUUAAAAACAUAAAGUACUAUUAUUCUCUAAUUGAAGACACUGUUUUGUGUUUCCUAUUGGGGAUGGGACUCGGCUACUUUAUGAUCUUUUGAGCCAUUCAAAGGUUGGUUGGUUUGGAGGGUAAAAGUUUAUGUAGUUCGUACACUAAAAAUGCACUUUGAAUGUUGCACGAAAUUCUUGUCACUCCACACACUGGUUCAAUCAACUCAAGAGGAACGUAGCUUUUGAUUGAAUAACACAAUUCUCACUCGUUCAUUGAUCAAGACAAGAACUAGAACUAACAUGGCCAUCCAAGUAAGAGAUGCCUAGAUUUUAACUGAUCGCUUACCUCAAGUUUUUGCUGUCAUUUUGUAUCCCAGUGAUUCAAAUCACUUGGAUUUCCACUGGGAAAAUACCUUUACCAUCUAAAUAUUUUUAUAUAGAAGCAUUUCUUGACCACUAAAACAUCCCUAAAUUUUCCUCUUAUCGACGUCCACAAUUUCCCAGUUUUGAGAAAAUGAUUGUACGAGACUAUAUGAUUACUGACGGUUUCCCAGGGGCUAAAACUAGCCUUGUGAUUGGCUUAAACUCUCACUUUCUUUCUUUGUGAACUGCAAGACAACAAUAAUUGUUGUCUUGCAGUCAUUAGAGAACAGUGAAAGGCAGAAAAACAAUGAAUGCUUUUGCUUUCCGAUGUGUGGCAACCUUGUGCAUGACAAAGUAUUUUUAUGUGUAUCAUGACCUUUAAGAAUGAAGACAAUGGAAAACUGUCCCUUGAUUCAUAGUUUUCCAUAACAUCAGGAAUAUUUUUUCCAAAACAUUGGCCGUUGUUGUGCCUUUUCCAUGAUCUGUUCUCAUUAGAGAGUGGCUCUGUACUAAAGAGCAUAAAUGUCACACAUACUGUGUGAAAAAUUUGUGCCUGGCUUUUGAAAUAAAAGGGAGAGCAAAGUAGGCAGAAUUUCAAGACAGUACUUGAAAGCAUUGAUGUGAUUCACAACAAAAACGGGUAUGGUCUGAGGUCACACAGCUAUCUGCACUCAUCCCAUAACUCUUAUCUGAGCAAUAUUGCUAAAAUUAGGAAAUAUAUGUAUCAUCUACUCACUGCAAGAUUUUAAUACAUACAUUUAUUACGUCAAAACUAGACUACAGUAACUCUCUCUUAUCUGGGCUUCGACAGAAUCAUAUUAACAAACUUCAGAUUGUGCAAAAUUCUGCUGCACGUCUUUUGACAGGUACUAGGAAACAUGAACAUAUUUCACCCAUUUUAAGGUCUCUUCUUUAGUUGCCUAUUCCAGAAAGAAUUAAUUCUUACAUUUAAAUCACUUAAUGAUGUAGCACUGCCUUAUAUGCAAGAACUGUUAGUUUGUUAUUGACCAACAAGAACUCUGCAUUCUGUAGAUAAAGGACACCUAGUUCAGCCCAAUUAUAACCUUAAAACCUAUGGUUUCACACGCAGCUCCUAAGAUAGGGAAUUCCAUGCCAGUCAGUUUACGCACGUGUUGUGAGCUGAGCGCUUUCAAAUCAAAAAUCAAAACAUUUCUUUUUAAGCAUGCUUUUCAGUUAUAAUUUCGUGUUUGUUUUUUUUAUUAUUAUUGUUGCAUAACACAAUAAAAACAAAAGAUAAAAUCCGAUGUUUUGGAGUAGUCAUGACUCCAUUAUCACUGGAUUAUUAUUAUGAAUUAUUAUUCAUUCGUUUAUUUUUGUUUAUUUAUUUAUUUUAUUUAUUUUAUUUAUUUAUUUUUUUAACAAUUAAGUUGUUGUAAUAUUUUAUCAGGUUUAUUACUAUUAGUACUGAUUGUAAAGCACUUUGGUUAACUAAGAGAAAGAAAGAAAGGCGCCAGAUAAGCGUAUAUUAUCGUUAUUAUUAUUAUUAUUAUUAUUAUUAUUGUUAUUAUUAUCAGUGAAGCCCUGAAUAUCCUUAAUAAUGCAACUUUGAGGGAAAAUUAAGAAACAUUCACUUGAUUUUUUGUUUUACUUAGUGCUUGCCCCUUAAUUCUAUCUGACAUCUUUGAUUAAGUUGCAUGACAUUUUUGCAAUCAAGGGCUGUUGUUAUAGGAACAUACCAUACUUAUUCAUGCUCUCUUUAAUUCUUGUGAGCAUGAUAUGGGCACUCUCUCUCCAUAUGAGUACUGUAGUAAGUAUCAUAAUGCUAGAUUUCAUCUUAGAAAGCACAACGAGUGAGGUUUAAGUAAUAUAUAAUUUUGCAUGUUUUCAUCCGUAGUUAUAGUCAUUGGCUGCAGUGUAGCUGGGAUCGCUGGAUUAGCCUUGGCAGGGUACUGCUGGUAUAAGUAAGUAAACUUUUGAUUUUUUUUAAUCAAGAAAGUUUGUUUCCUUAAUUUUAUUUUUGAGUAGUUUGAGAUUAAAUAAAGGAAGUUAAAUUUGUGUGUGUAAGAGUGAAAGAGUCCAUAUAAUAUAGCGUUAAAAGACGUUUUCCUGUGAUACAUGUAAUCAUUUUACAUAAACAUGCAGACCAACUUCUGGCUGCUCUGAUUAUAUACUUCAAUCCACAUUUAUAUUUUGAUCCUGCUCUUAUUGUUUUCUGUGUAAGAUAAAUAAUGUAAAUAUUGGAGAAAUCCUUUAGUAAAAGUAAGAUGUCAAGAGAAACAUUCUUUAUCAAGACUUUUGACAUUUAAUAUUGUUUUUUAAAAUGACUGAGAGCAUUUGCCAUUAUUUUUACGUUGGAGGCUUGGAACACAGCUACUUACACCGAUAAGAAGAAAAAUUACAGGACAAACUAGAUGAACAAAAUGAACAACAAAGAAAAGAAAAAAGAAAAGAAAACAAUAAUAACAAUAACAAAAUAACAAUAACACCUCUUAUCAAAAAGAUAAAGAAGAAAAACGCGUUUCCCUCUGCUGAAAACACACUGAAAAUAAUUUUUAAGGGGGAUAAAUGCGUCUUGAAAAAUUAAAUUGAAAUCAGGAAAGGUACAAACACCAGAUUGAAGAAGAAAAUAUGUCUAGAAAAAUAAAAAAAGUUACGAAAUAGAAAAAGGUUCUGUUUCUUCUUUAUGUUGUUUAAAAAAAGACUCAAAAUUACCAAUAUUCGGGAUAGUUCCUUUGCUUCUGAAAAGCCAAAUGUAAAAAGCUUACAUCUUUGUGCAUAGAAAUUAAGCAGAGGUGGGCAAUUUGUGUUUUGUUUAUUGCGUUAGGUUAAGUAAAAUGAGGUGUUAUAUAUUAAUACUCUUUUUCAUUUUAAUAGACUACACACCACAGCAAAGGCUGUAAGUGAGGCAGAAUACUCUGCUGCUUAUGGAGCUGCUAAACCAGGUCCUCAGGUUUCUCAGGUACAAUAAUAAUGGUAUAAUAAUAAUGAUAGUGAUGAUGAUAAUACGGUUGAACCUCCAUGUGCGACCACCUCUUGAAAGCCAGCACCUCCCAUAAGCGCCCACCUACUCAAAAUAACAAAAUUUUCCCAGUUGAAGCCUUACAGUUGGAAACUUUCAUAAACGACCUCCUCCUGUAAACAACUACAACAACUUUUCAGGACUGUUGGUUUUAUUAUUUUCCACUGUUUUUUACCUCUUGUAAGCCACAACUUCGCAGAUGGUCUGAUCUCAAUGUUCACUCCAUUUAUUGUGUUACUUAGAGUACAGCUCAGGAAGAACUGUUGACAACAACAUGGAAUUACACAUAUCGUAACUUGGAAAUUGCAUGCAUUAUAUUAUCUACCAUAAAUCAGAUGUGUCUGGACCUCUUCUCGGAAGGGACCUCCUGAGGUCAAGUUCUUGUAAAUUACUACCUCCCAUAAAGGACCAGUCAGUCUUCAAAUUUUGGGUGGUUGCUCGUGGGAGUUUCAACUGUAAUAACAGUAUGGCUUGGUUGUUUUUUUUAUUGCUUCUAAGCAAUAAAAAAGCAAAGAGCUUUUUUGGCUGCAGAAUCAUGGUGUUUACACUGUUUUUUUCUGUUAUAGGGAGACCAUAAACUUGAUUACAGUGCAGAGAUUUAUCAUUAUCAACAGACCAAAAGUCAACUGUCAGCCAUGGAAAAGUGAGUGAGGAAUGUAGUACAUUUCCCAUUCAAUUGUUGAACUGUUGGUGCAACAGUUAAUCAGACAUUAUUGUUUUUUAUUUGUUUGUUUGUUUGUUUUUUCAUGUAAAUAGUUAAUUUAUUUUUUAGUAGUAGUUGAAGGUCAUACCCUGUUUAGUGAUUUAAUCAUCUGGAUUUGGUCCAAUGCAAAAUUCAGUGACUUUCUUGUAAUGAAGCCCUGUUAAACCCUGGCUAAACAAUCAAACAUUAAAAAAUAAUAAAAUUAUAAUAAAUUUUUUACCAUGGAUUGUUUAGCUGGGCCUUAGUAUACGUUUCAACAAGCCUUUAAACAGCAAUGUCAAUGAUGAUGAAUGACUCAAAAAUGGAUUUGGUAGUAAUCAGUACACCCUCAUUAAAGUUAAUAAGUGAAACAUGGAUCCUCAGAGCUGAUACUUGAGACCUGCGUACUACUCAUAAAGGAGAAUUAUGAGGAGGCAGUGUUCAGAGGGGAUAGAGAGCUGAAAUAAUUGCAUUCUGCAACUGGACACCCUAAGUUCAUUCCUCACCCUAACUGCGAAUUGGAUUUGUUCGCAGUAGUUGCAAGUUUAACUCCUCAGUCACACUUUAAUAGCCAACUGCUAAAAGCCUUCGGCCAGUUGGGACUCUAAACCUCUGUUUAUUUUCGAGACGUGAAUCCUUAUUGUAGGACACUAAUGUGUUGCCCUAUUAAUUAAAGACAAUUUAUUUUUAUUCUCCAUAAUGAGAAAAUAUCUCUGUUAAUAGGGCUAGUGGAACAAAGGGAAGCAUAAAAGGCGAAACUCUUGAUGAUGAGGAGGAGAACAGUGAUGAAGGAGAUGAGGAGGAUUAUACUGUCUAUGAAUGUCAUGGACUGGCUCCAGUAAGUUCUUUGGAAAAUGCUUUGGAUGAUCAAACAAAUCAGACCCACUCGAGUGCAUUUGACCUUCACUAGAGAUAUUUUAUUGUGUAGCUAUUAUUAUACAGCUGUCGAAAAGUGAUGCAAUAGUUUGGUUCAGAAUUUCAGGCGUUGACUAAUGCACACAAAAAAGUCACCCCUGCCAUGGGCUUAAGGAGGCUCUUAACCCUUUAAGUCCUAAUAGUGCUCAAAAUCAAUUUUCUCCUAAUGAUAUCCAUAGACUAUCGUGAGUAAAGUCUACGAGAAUUGACAAAAUGAUCACAAAGAGAAAAAUAUUUGACCUUUCAUUAAAUUCUCUCAACUAAUUCUUCAAGGAAAUGUAUGGAGAUCAGUUUGGAGAAUUUGUAUUUGGAUAUUGGGACUUAAAGGGUUAACAAUAAUAUUUAAAGUCAAUUCAGUCUGUGACACUGGAAUCCUUAGCUUUGACGUCAUUAGGUAUACUGAAUGACCGCCUAUUCACAUCAUGGCCUUUGCCUUUGGAAUUAACAUUAAAAAUACUUGAUCAGGUACUAUGAAAGAUAUUAUUACCAAGAGUUUGGAUUUACCAACUGAGUUGAUUAUUGUUCACUUUACAGACGGGUGAUAUGACAGUUGUUAACCCCUUGUUCAGUGAUCAAGAAGUUGGCGGCAGUGAUCAGGACGGCAAUGGAAAUAAGAGUGGUGCUAGUGGUCAAGGAUCGCCUGUAAUGCCGCGACACCCACAUAAAGAGUAGUAAAAUAGCUAUCAUUAAUUAUUAUUAUAAUUUGUUUUAUUUUUGAUCAGUUCAUGGGUUGUUCCUGUUAUUUAUGUUAGAUAUGUUUUUGUUCCUGAAUUUAAUUACAUGGAUGCACCUAGAUGCUUUCAAAAUGGUUUAAUUUUGUCUAUAAAGUCUGGGUUGAUUAUAUUUCUCUCAAUUUAAGAAAAAAACAGGAUUGUCACAAAGGAAUUUUACACUUCACUGUUGAAACCAGCUUGUGAAUAUUUCUGUGUUUCAGUUCUCGAUGACAAAAUUUUACUGUCUUUUGUGAAUGUUUUAGUCCAGCUAACUUACGCAGUGUCACCACAAGUCUGUUAAGUUUGUAAAUGCAUGCAAACACACUAGUUUACAGCUGCAUUUCUAUAUUAGAAUAUUAUCUGUGUUUUUUAAUUUAUUGCUUUGGAACUGUUUCCAAAAACACAAAAUGUACUUGUCAGUGGCAGAUCCAGACCUUCAGAUAAGGGGGGGCCCUUAGUCAUCCAGACCCUGAGGUAAGGGAGGGAGGGGGGGGGGGCAAUCUCCAAAAAUUUUUUUCCAGCCCUUUGGGAUUAAGUGUGGUCUAAAAAUAAGGGCGUGGGCCCCUCCCUUGGAUCUGCCACUGCUUGUUUAUAUUACUUCCCAUACGCCAUAAGUGCAAAGUUUGUUUGCAUUUAUAAACUUACUGGGUCUUGAGUGGACAUAAUGAACAAUGAAACACGCGUUGAAAUGUAUGGCUAGGUGUAUCCAGUGUUGUUUAUGUUCAAUUAAAGGGAUGGACAAAUGAAUCUAAAAUGUAACGGUAGUUAAAAGGAAUAAUAUCCAUGGAGAGACGUUUUUUACAAAAAGAAAAUUAUUAAAUUUCAGAUUAUAAUUUUUUAUAUUUGGGUCUUUGGUAUAAAGUUGCAUCAAUUCUGAAAAUUAUGCUGGAAGCCCUUCCAGUUUGUAAAUAUCAAUAAUCAGACCAUCCUGGUUUUAUAAAGAAUUUAAACCAAGUGAUGAAUGUUAAUGUUGAAACUUGAGAUAACAAUCGUAUUUAUUCGUUAUUAGUAUGGUGUAAGUAGAGUCAGUUAUUAUGUGCUUGUUGUGUUUAGAAGGGUCAGCUAUGUGUGACGAGACUUCUUACAAAAAUUAUCAAAUGCAUUUUAUGUAGCUUGGUUAUGCAGAGAUGUAGAGACUGGUUUUAUUCUGAGUCAUGGUGUACCAUUGUGAAAGCUCUCCCUGUGACUAUCAUUCAUUUGACUGAUACAGUGUAUUCUUAACAGAUGUACAUUUCUUUGGUAUGGAAUACCAGGUUAACUUUUUACACCAAAAUUACAAAUUUAAGACAAAGGAUAAAGCACAGGGCUAGUAGUCUAUGAAACUUAGGGUUUGUUAGGCGAAAGUUAUAAAAAAAAUUAGAUUUCCUGCACCAACAAAUAAACAUUGUAUGUGAAAGAGAAAAUACAGGAAUGCUUUUAAAGGAUAGUAGCAACGGAAAUUUUUUAGGCUCCCCAAACAAAAAGCAAAGAGAUUAUUUGAAGCAAAUAGUUAGUGUCAGUAUAUUUCAACUUCAGUUGAUCCGGGUUCAUGUUUAUUCACAAGUCUUUGCUAACAGGUAUCUCAAGUUAAGAAUUGCUGGAUAACAAUGGUACAGCCUUUGUUAGGAGACAAAACUUAAGAGAGAUCUUUUUUUGGUUGCCUUGGUAUAUCAUUGUAUUCCUGGGACCAGAUAAUUUGACAACUUUUCUCUGGAGGAGAAGUUGUUGGCAUCUACCAUCUUACACGUUCCCCAUGAUGCAAUUUGUCUUCCCCACAAAAUUUUGCAUAAGUUUUGUUCGCAACUGUUAGACCCCAGAGAAAAUUGAAAACAAUGUUUAUACAAAAUUUUGUGGGGAAAACAAAUUGCAUUAUGGGGAAGUGAAAGUUGAAUUCUAUGAGAUUAUUGUUAGAAAUUUUGAGAUGAUCUUCAAGUAAUUUGCAUUUAGUUUUUGCUUUGGAUUUAGCUGAGCAUAAUGUUUCAACAAAAGAACUCUGCUUAACCAAGCGACAUACAUCCACUGUAGUUCAGAUGCUGCCCAUUUUGAAGGUUUCAAGCCUUUGGGACAAGACUGCAAGGUGAUGUAGGUAGCUGUGGAUCCUUUGUAAUUAGGCGAUAAGUUCAUGGUUUUCACUUCUCUUGAGCAAACGUCACAGAAUUUUAAUUUAACCUUUAGGAUAUGAUGUAAGCAGAGUUGCUUCAUAACUGAGUUUGAUAUAUUUAUUUUUUAAGGAAACUACCUUGUUGUGAUUCAGUCUUGUCCCCUAGGCUAUCCCACAUUGUUUACUGAAACAUUGUUAUGCCUAACUGUGUAUUGUUGAGUGUAAAAUGUUGAUUUUGUACAACUUAAAAUUCCAUAGCAUCCUUUUGUCAUAAACCUUUUUUGCGCUCUCACUUUUUUCUUUCAAUAGUCAUUCACUUCUACAACACGUUACAGUUACAAAAGUUAAACUAAAAGGAGUAACAAAUAUCACAAACUGGACAAAAAUACAGGACCCUCACAUUAUUAAUAACUUCACAGGAGCUCAGGCUUCAGGAGUAAUCACCUGGAGACACAUGACGUAAAACAAAAUACCACUUUGUUUGGUAUUGUUUCAUAGUUUUUGUUCUUUUGUGUUACGUCAUCUGUUUCCAGCACACAGAUUAAAUGCCGACUGUUCCAGGGGUUUAGUUAAUAGAUGGCUGGCAGACCUCAUAAAUCUGUUUCUUUUUGUUCAAACACAAUUACAAGAAAGUGAAUUGCCUUCUAUCAAGUUUUACUUUACCCUGAAAUCAAUCAUGUACUUUGAGAAUUUGUACCACAAUAAACAAUGUUAUGGGCUUGUCUGAUAUCUUUUGAAGUGUCUAA